AUGAACCUCUCCAACGCUGCAGCCCUUUUGCUUGGUAAAGGCCAACCUCUUCAGGUCCAACCGGUGGAUUAUAUAUCCCCUGAAAAAAAUGAAUUGAUUGUGAAAAACCACGCCGUUGCCAUCAAUCCAGUAGAUGGCUCCAUGCAAAAGCUAGGAAAUGAGCUAUUUCCAUGGAUGAAAUUUCCUCAAAUCUCUGGCUCCGAUGUCGCGGGUGAAGUUGUUGAGGUAGGCCCCGGUGUGACUAGGUUCAAACCUGGUGAUCGAGUUUGUGGCCUGGCCAUAGGCGUACCGCCGCCUAGUGGAGGAAAAUUGAGCGGUGCCUUUCAAACAUUCACCCUCUUGAAAGAAGUAUUGACCUCUCACAUCCCCGAGUCUCUGGCUUUCGAAAACGCGGUUGUCACCCCUCUCGCACUAUCCACGGCAGCUUGUGGUCUAUAUCAAAAGGAUUACUUAGCUCUUGUACCGCCUUCAUUAUAUCCUAAACCAACAGGAAAAUGUAUCGUCAUCUGGGCUGGGUCCUCUAGUGUUGGAAGUAACGCCAUUCAGCUUGCUGUCGCUUCCGGAUAUGAGGUCAUAACCACGGCAUCCCCGAAGAAUUUUGAAUAUACGAGAAAACUUGGAGCAUCACAUGUCUUUGAUUAUAAGAGCGAGAGUGUCACCAAGGAUAUUAUCGCGUUAUUGAAGGGAAAGACCAUUGCUGGUGCAGUCUCCAUUGGACAAGGCUCAGUCAAGGCGUGCUACGAAAUACUCGCCCACUCCGAGGGCAAUAAAUUUGUGGCCUCAGCGGCUCCGCUCACCGAGGAGCUUCCAAGUGGCUUACAGUCGAAGUUUAUUUUCGGGAGCAAUCUCAAAGACAAUGAAGUCGGACCAAUGAUCUGGCGCGAGUUCUUUCCAGCGGCACUCGAACGAGGCAAAUGGAGCAACGUUCCAGGGCCAGAGAUCGUGGGACAGGGCCUCACUUCAAUCCAGAAUGCAAUUGACAUUCUCAGCAACGGAGUUUCAGCAAGAAAAGUCGUUGUCAAGCUCUAA